AUACAAUACAAGAAGAAGAGGUCAUACACAACCCCAACAUCCCCUCCCUUUUUCCCAUUUCACCUUCCUUUCUCAACCAUUUAUUAGAUUCCUCCCAUGAGUCUUCUCUUUUUCAGUUUUACAGAUUGCCCACUUUGAGAUUUAUUUUUCUCCUGUUUUUCUUUGAUUUAUUUUGCUUUCUUCAGUGAUUUUUGAGUCUUUAAGGUCCAAACUGUUCUUGAUUCUUGUUGGGUGUUUUCUUGUUUCUGCAAAAACUUUGUUGCAGCCAAGAAGAAGAGGCCUUGUGUUUACUAGUAUAAUUUAGGCCUUUUGAAGAGCUUAAUAUAUAAUUUUAUAAUUUAUAAUUUUCAAAAAAAAUCCUUUUUUUCUCAAGAACUUGUGUUCUUCCCCAUUUGUCGAAAUUUCUUUUGUUUCAAAUCAAGAAAAUACAUAGAGACAUGGGCAAGCAAGGACCUUGCUGUCACUGUGGUGUUACAAGCACUCCUCUUUGGCGUAAUGGGCCUCCAGAGAAGCCUGUACUAUGCAAUGCCUGUGGAUCCCGAUGGAGAACAAAAGGUUCACUUGUAAACUACACACCUCUACAUGCUAGGGCAGAGCCAGAUGAUCUUGAGGAGUACAGAAUUCGAAGAGUAAAGACCAUAUCCUUAAAAAACAAAGAGGCAAAGGUGCUAAAAAGAAAACAGAACCAUACCAGUCAAGUAGGUGGAGGGGCUGCCUAUGAAUAUAAUCAAGGGUUUCUGAAAGGUGGUGGCCCUUCUGGAGUUGCCCUUGAUUAUAGUCGAACUUUUCGAAAGGUCCUAGAUGAAGACACAAGUAAUAGAUCAAGUUCUGGCUCCGCAAUAUCUAACUCGGAGAGUUGUUUGCAGCUUGCAAAUGCAGAUGCGAGUGAUUUGACAGGCCCAGCUCAAUCUAUCAUUUGGGAUACAAUGGUACCCUCGAGGAAAAGGACCUGUGUAAAUCACCCAAAACAAUCUUCAGUUGAGAAGCUUACUAAAGAUUUGUAUACCAUUUUACAUGAACAACAGUCAUACUUGUCUGGAUCCUCUGAGGAAGAUUUGCUAAUUGAUAGUGAUACUCCGAUGGUGUCUGUUGAGAUAGGGCAUGGAAGUGUGCUUAUUAGGCAUCCAAGUACAAUAGCUCGUGAAGAGGAGUCUGAAGCUAGCUCCCUUUCAGUUGAUAACAAGCAUCACUCUAUCAGUGAGGCUUACUCUCAGUUUUCCUCCCUUCCUGUACAGACAUCUAGCAAAGGUGUCAAUUUUUCAAGUCCUGGAGUUGAGAGAGCCAAUAAACUUGGUCCAGGAAUGAAACAAGACCUACUGAUAAGAGAGAAGGUCCAGGAAGAAAAAAUGCAGCUUCUUGCCAAUCAUGGUUCACCGCUGUGCGACAUAGAACUAAAAGAUGUUCUCAAUUUUGAGGAGUUUGAAAGGCUUAUGACAUAUGAUGAGCAGCAGCAAUUGCUGAAGUAUCUACCUUCUGUCGACACUGUUGCCAUCCCAGAUAGCCUUAAAAGCAUGUUUGAUAGCCCUCAGUUCAUAGAAGAUUUAUCCAUGUUCCAAAAACUACUAGCAGAAGGAGUUUUUGAUUUCUCUCCAUCGGGUAAAACUAAAAGUGAAGGCAGUGGAAACUUGAAGAGGCUGGUACUGUGUAAUUUGACGAGAUCCACUUGGGUGGAACAUUAUAACUUACUGAAGGAUGUAAAGUGUGAUAAUAGUCCUGGAAGUGCUUUUGUAGCAGCAGGACCUGCUGCUGUUGCUUCUGCUCAAUCAAUGAAAGUGAAGAGAUCACGUGACAUCCAAUUUCAAAAUUAUCCAGGAGGGAAGACUACAAUGAAGAGCCCAAAAAGAGUAUCAACGAAGGCCAACUAUGAUAACAAGGAACUCAUUGAUAAUGAUGCCACUUGCUUCAGUCCAAAAAGCCUAUUUGCCUUGCCUACUGAUAAUUCAUCCCUAAUGCUGGAUUCUUUUCGGUUCGAUGACCAUUCUGAUCAAGAACUUUUACUAAAUGUUCCAUCUCACAGUUCUUUCCCGCAGGCAGAACUCCUGAUGCCAGCUUCAAGUUUUAAUGCUCAGGCUAGCACUAGUAGUAGCUCAAUAUACCAAAAUCAUGUCCGGCCCUGACACCACCUAUAAAGUAUAAACACCACUUCUCUGAGGACCAUUGUUAUUAUGCACGCGCCACUGCUAAACUUUUUGGUUGGCUUGUAAUUUAUUGCUUAAAAAAUACAGAAGCCUGCAAGCAAAGCUGUGUUAAUCGCCGUUUAUCAUUUUAAAACUUUUGACCUAUACUAUGCUUGGUAAGCUAAGGGUUGAAUAUGGCUGGUUCUGUUUUUGUAUAGGUGACACAAGACUGUAAUAUAUAUCUUGACAUACAGAGGAGGUGUGAAUCUUCUGAGUUUUUGUAUGCAGCUUUAUAGCUGCCUUGCAAAUACUAUGAGAUGCCCUUUUGUAUUUUUAGCA